ACUGUCUCUGAGUUGCUUCAGACUUUUCUAAAACCAUUUUGGUGAAGAUGAAUCGGUUCCGUGAUUCUUGAUCUAUGUUAUUCAAUCUGUUUCGCUUGUUGUAGCCACCGAUCUGUAUCGAAUUUUGGUGUGGAUUCGAGCCUGGGGUCUCUCCAAUGGAGUUCGACACUCACGAAGAUGCGUAUUUGUUUUACAAAGAUUACGCGAAAUCAGUUGGUUUCGGAACUGCAAAAUUGAGCAGUCGAAGAUCAAGAGCUUCAAAGGAAUUCAUCGAUGCCAAAUUCUCUUGCAUACGCUAUGGGAGCAAGCAACAGUCUGAUGAUGCGAUUAACCCUAGAGCUUCCCCUAAAAUCGGCUGCAAAGCGAGCAUGCAUGUAAAGCGAAGACCAGAUGGGAAAUGGUACGUUUACAGUUUCGUGAAAGAGCACAACCACGAGCUUUUACCAGAGCAAGCCCAUUUUUUCCGGAGCCAUAGAAACACAGAGCCUGUGAAUCCCGAUUCUCGUCUCAGGCGAAAGAAGAACAAUCCUUUGGCUGCUUGUAAACAUCUCAGUGCUUAUCACGACCUUGGAUUUCUAGAUGGUUAUAUGAGGAAUCAGCAUGAUAAAGGUCGUCGUCUAGUUAUUGGCAAUGGUGAUGCUCAAAUCCUACUUGAGUUUCUCAUGCGUUUGCAGGAAGAGAAUCCAAAGUUCUUUUUCGCAGUUGAUUUCAGUGAAGAUCAUCUUCUGAGAAAUGUUUUCUGGGUUGAUGCUAAAGGGAUUGAAGAUUACAAAAGUUUCAGUGAUGUGGUUUCAUUCGAUACAACUUACUUGGUGAGUAAAUAUAAACUACCGCUUGUUCUUUUUGUUGGAGUCAAUCACCAUGUACAACCUGUGUUGCUUGGAUGUGGAUUGAUUGCAGAUGAUACAGUCUACACUUACGUCUGGUUGAUGCAAUCUUGGUUACUUGCAAUGGGUGGUUCAACACCAAAAGUAAUGCUUUCUGAUCAAAAUAAUUCCAUUAAAGCAGCAAUCGCGGCGGUCUUACCGGAAACUCGCCAUUGCUAUUGCUUGUGGCAUGUACUUGACCGGCUUCCACGGAAUCUGGACUACUGGAGCAUGUGGCAAGACACUUUCAUGAAGAAGUUGUUCAAAUGUAUAUACAGGUCAUGGUCUGAGGAGGAGUUCGAUAAGAGGUGGUUGAAAUUGAUAGACAAGUUUCAUCUCAGAGAUGUUCAGUGGAUGAGGUCUCUGUAUGAGGAACGUAACUUCUGGGCACCUACUUUUAUGAGGGGAGUAACAUUUGCUGGGUUAUCAACUCGUAAUCGUUCAGAAAGCGUAAACUCUUUGUUUGAUAGGUAUGUUCAAGCUGAAACUUCACUUAAAGAGUUCUUAGAAGGAUAUGGGUUAAUGCUAGAAGAUAGGUAUGAAGAAGAAGCCAAAGCAGAUUUUGAUGCAUGGCAUGAAGCACCUGAGUUGAAAUCUCCAUCACCUUUUGAGAAGCAGAUGUUACUUGUUUACACGCAUGAAAUAUUUAGGAAGUUCCUCGAGGUUUUGGGUGCUGCGGCUUGUCACCUUACUAAGGAGAGCGAGGAAGGAACAACAUACAGUGUUAAGGACUUUGAAGACGAUCAGAAAUAUUUGGUGGAUUGGAAUGAAUCGAAGACAGAUAUACACUGCUCUUGUCGUUGCUUUGAGUACAAGGGGUAUCUCUGUAGACACGCAAUUGUUGUUCUCCAAAUGUCGGGUGUUUUCACCAUUCCAAUAAACUAUGUGUUGCAAAGAUGGACGAAUGCAGCUAGAAACAGACAUCAGAUCAGCGGAAACCUUGAACUUGUGCAGUCUAAUAUCCGUCGUUUUAAUGAUCUUUGCCGGCGAGCCAUUAUAUUGGGAGAGGAAGGAUCUCUUUCCCAAGAAAGCUAUGACGUCGCCAUGUUUGCAAUGAAAGAAGCUUUUAAGCAAUGUGCUAUAAAGCUAAAUACCAUCGAACAUCCCGCCAUGUGUGGAGAACCUGUCCAAGAAGAAAAUCAAUACGGUUCCACAUCGAAGCAGAUUGGACCUGAACCUAACAUACAUGCAGAGCCGGGCCUGGCCAGAAGCUCAUGAAGCAUAUGCUUGGGAGCCGAUAAGUUCAAAAAUUUGUUGGGGCCAAUUUGUGAAUCGCCUAGAACUUCUUUUUUUUUUUCUUUACAUCUGGGUCCUAAGUUCGAAUCUUUGAAAGUAUGUUUCUUUAUCAUUUUGCUUUAAUUAAACAAGUUGGCAAAUGUUUUCGACACUUUUUUACUCCUUGUUUUUUUUUUUUUGAGUCUUUGAGAUUUCCUUUUGUAGUUUUGACAAUUUUCUUAAACUG